UAAAAAUGAUGUAGAGUUUUUAUCUACUACAGCCUGUUGAAGGUGGACAACAGACAUUUUUUCAAUGUUAUGGAGCUCAUAUUUUGAGUGUUUUGUUACUCACAUUGGAAAUACUUGAGAUCUGUGUUCACCGAUGGAAAUGGGGACCUCGGUUUUACCUGAAGUCAGGACUCAAAGAGGAGUUUUUUGCAUGUUUCUGCUCCUCUUGCUCUGCUGCUUGGCUGGAAAAUGUGAGCUUCAGAAAUCAAAACCUUUAUCGACAACCGACCUCCCCACUGUCAAACCUUUCCAAGAUCAAAACAAUGAACCACAGGCCUUCCCCGAAGAGGAGAGGGCCAGCCUCCCUGUGUUUACUAUGGACUACCCUCGGAUACAAGUCCCCUUUGAGUUUACAUUAUGGAUACUGUUGGCCUCCUUUGCCAAAAUUGGUUUCCACAUUUACCACAAAAUCACCAUCUGGAUCCCAGAAUCCUGCCUCCUGAUUACCAUCGGCCUCAUCGUCGGCGGCAUCAUGCACUCAGUUAAAGAGGAGCCCCCGGCUGUGCUCAGCUCCAAUGUCUUCUUCCUCUACAUGCUCCCACCCAUCGUUCUCGACAGCGGCUACUUCAUGCCCACAAGGCCGUUCUUCGAAAACGUUGGCACGGUGCUGUGGUACGCCGUGGUGGGAACUCUGUGGAACAGUAUUGGCAUCGGGCUUUCUCUGUUCGCCAUCUGCCAGUUUGAGGCGUUUGGCGUUCAAGAUAUCAACCUGCAGGAGAACUUGCUGUUUGCCUCCAUCAUCUCGGCUGUGGACCCAGUGGCUGCUCUGAAUGUGUUUGAGGACAUCGGAGUCAACGAGCAGAUUUACAUAGUCAUAUUUGGAGAGGGACUCUUCAAUGAUGCUGUCACUGUGGUACUGUACAGCAUGUUUUCAUUCUUAGCAGACCUGCCCAUUGUUGAAUCCACUGACGUGUUCCUUGGAGCUGCCCGGUUCUUCGUGGUGGCGGCCGGCGGUAUCCUCUUUGGCCUUCUGUUUGGAUUCGUGGCAGCGUUCACCACACGUUUCACCCACAACGUCCGUCAGAUCGAGCCCCUCUUCGUCUUCAUGUACAGCUACCUGGCGUACCUGGUGGCCGAGCUGUUUGCCAUCUCCAGCGUCCUGGCCAUUAUCACAUGUGCUAUCACCAUGAAGUACUACGUGGAGGAGAAUGUGUCUCAGAGAUCCUGCACCACCAUUCGCCAUGUGGUGAAGAUGCUGGCAACCGUCUCCGAAACCCUCAUCUUCUUCUUCCUGGGUGUUGUUACUAUAACGACCGAACACGAGUGGAACUGGGCCUACAUCCUGUUUACGCUGCUCUUUGCCUUCAUCUGGAGAGGACUGGGAAUUCUGGUGUUGACACAGAUCAUCAACCCGUUCCGUACCAUCCAGUUCAAUUUCAAGGACCAGUUUGGACUCGCCUACGGAGGCCUACGAGGGGCAAUCUGCUUCGCCCUGGUCUUCACCUUGCCCGAUAACAUCAACAGAAAGAAUCUGUUUGUCACGGCUUCGAUCGCAAUGAUUAUAUUCACUGUUUUCAUACAGGGCAUCAGCAUCCGUCCCAUCGUAGAGUAUUUAAACAUCAGGAGGACCAACAAAGACCUGAACACCAUCAAUGUAGAGAUCCACACCAGGGUGAUGGAGCAUGUUGUCUGUGGUAUUGAGGACCUGUGUGGCCAGUGGAGUCACUACUACUGGAAAGACAAGUUUAAGAAGUUCAACGAUCGUGUUUUGAGGCGUAUCCUGCUUCGAGACAACAGGGCUGAGUCCAGUAUUGUGUCUCUGUAUAAGAAACUGGAACUGCAGAACGCCAUUGAAAUACUGGACACACCUGUGGCAGACCUCAGUGCAGCGCCAUCUAUUGUCUCUCUGCAUGAUGAGAUGAAGGAGGCAUCUCGACCGAAGAAGAAGUUCCUGGCUGCUGACGUGAGGAAAAUGCACGACAUCCUGUCAAAUAACAUGUACAAGAUCCGACAAAAGACGAUGGCGUACACCAACAAGUACAGUCUGCCCGACGAAAGCCGAACCAGGGAGAUUCUGAUCCGCCGCCACGCGAGCAUCAGACGCAGUCUCCGUCCUGGAAGUCUCCGUGAGAUGCCAGCACUAAACAUCCCCAAGUCUCAGAGGUACUACUCCCUGCAGGCCGGUGGAGAUCUGGAGUCUGCCCUCAGAAGACGAAGUUUCGGUGGUAGUGAGUUGGAUCGUCUCUCAGCUCGUCUCCAGUCCUCUGGUGUGUCGCCCCGCUCCUCGUCCCGCUCCUCGUCCAGCUCUCUGGUUCCUUUAAGGAGGUUGAACACCAUCCAGGAGUCUGGGAGUGCAGGGGAGCAGCCAGCUGCCUCUCCCCGCCCACACUCUCCAUCUCUUGGAGUACGCCCUUCGGACGAGAGGGGUCCUGGAAAUCUUGGUGGUUCCAGCUUCAGAGUCAGGAGAGCACCAGCUCCCGCACCCAGCAGACCCAGCUCAGAUUGGGCAGAAGGAGACGAAGACCCUGCCAACCCCGAACCUCCAGGGGGAGGGGUGGAACCAGUGCGACCUCCCCAGCUACCAGCACCUCGUGGCUGGGUACCUGAGAACCAGGAUGCCAGAGAAAAUGGGGCAGGAAAUCCCCUACUUAGACACUCGUCACAGGGGUCUCGAGGCUCAGGGAGAUCAUGACGAACAGAGGACCGAGGGAAGGAUUUUGAAUCAGGUCGGCUGCUCCGGAGCACGAACAAGAGGCUCAUUUACAAACUUGAACUUCAAAACGGAAGAGUUUAGUUGAAAAAGAAAAAAGACUCUUGAUAUUACCUGCCUGUUCUCUUAAUUAUGCUGGGGGGGUUUUUUAACUCAUCUUUUCUAGAUAAAAUGUGGCUAUUUUACUUUUAAUUCAAUGAACAGAGAGGUGGUAGUGUCCACAUCCCACCCUCUGUUUAAGACAACAGGUGACAAUCAGCAAAGGAAAAUACCUUGGAUUUUAGCUCCCAAAAAAGUUUGAAAAAUGAUCCCAGCAGGAUUGAAAUGUCUUUCAAUCUAAAGAAAACUAAUAGUACGUUUUUUUCCUGAACCAAGUUCCGGCUUUCUGCCUCCUGAAAUCUUUCUGUUUGCAAAAUCAAAACUGCAAUCCUGUAAUGCAACAUGCAGGGCCCUCGUCUGCAUGGUAUGCAAGUGUUUUUGCACACACACACCCUUUUUUUAUUUGUCAGUUUUUAUAAUUGUGCAUCGGUUUAUUUGUGUGUGCCAAUAGAGGGCACAAAUUGGAAGCCAUGAAAGUCAAUAGUUUAAAUGACUGUAAUAUUUAAAGUGAGCAUACACUACAUUAUGUACUGGUAUGGUUUUAAUGUGGCAUGAGCACUGUAUGAAAGUAAAUACAUUCAUGCUGAUGUUGCCUUUCCAUCUGUGCAAACAAAUACUCAACAUUAGCUCCACAUGAUCCUUGUUGUCAUCUUGUAAAAAUAGCACAUUUUCUGCACUAAGCCAGAAACAAAGGGAUUAAUGAGUGACUUCAGCUGUCAUUCAAGCCCACGCAAGGCAGGCCUCUUGGUUACUUCCAUACAGUCAGUGCAAGAAUAAUACAUUUGCUAGAGAGAGAAAAAACUGUAUUAAUCGGGUUGUUAUUGGUUAUCUAUAUUUUACCACAACCCCCCCCCACCACCACCACCACCACCAUCCAAUGAAACAGAUGGCAGCAACGUUGCCUCUGCAGUGUCGGCUAAAAUUAUCUGCGAGUUAAACGUGGAGUUUGAGCCAGUAACUCACACAAGUUCGGAGGAAAUAUAGUAAAGAUUCUUUCUUUCUUUUUUUGCAUGUUACACAACAAACCUCGUCUCAUCAUUGUAAGUCUAAUUCUGAUUUAUUUAACCUUGAGUCUUACAUCUAAAGAUUUGAGGUAGCGACUUCCUUCUGGAUAUAGAUCCACUUAUAUAACCAGAUGACAAACGGACAUGGAGUAAUGUUACACUAUUGAAUUAUACCAUUUAACCAAUGCAUUUGAAAGCAGGCAGAGGACCCACAGGUAUUAUCAAACUCAAGGAAGACUGUUUAGUGCUCUAUCUCCUCUCUGCUGUUGGCUUUAAUGUCCUCUUUUAUUAGUCCACCCGACUCCCUGACAGCCUUCCUCGCCCAGUGUCAUCUUUCAACGUUUACGUCUUUAUAUCUGCCAGGCACAGAGAGCGAAUGUUAUAAAAUAUCAGUUUUUCUGCACAGUGCUUUCUGAUAAUGUCGUUUCUUAAAGGUCCUCCUCCGAAGAAACCUGAUUCCUCUGGAAAUUCAGCAAAUAAAAAGGAUGUGGAAAAGAAGCAGAGGCGUUCAAAGUCCCACUUAAAAUUGCAUUUUGGCAACAACUUGCUGCCUGUAACUUAUCUGCUGACACACGGGAAUGUAUGUACAAAAUCAAAUUCUGCAUGGUCGCAGCAGCAGAGGGCUGGAAAUGUUCAAAUAAAACGGCACCAAAUUUACAUCUUUUCUCAUAACUUUGAGGCAGAAAAGAUGCAGUUAAUUUACAGUAUUUAAUUCUCUCUGCCUUUGGUAGAAAUUAUAUUUCAAAUCUCUGUUUGGAGUGACUGGGAGAAACAUUUUGUGUUGGAAAGUCAAUGAAAAGACUACAAAGAGACACAAGACAACUACAAAGAUACACAAAAGGAGCAAAUAGAUAAAAACUGACAACAAAGCGACGUUAAACACUGACAAAUGAUACAGCUUGUCAUUUAUUUUGUGUCUGGCGUCCUAUGGAGGAGGGGUGGGAGGGCUUUUACAGGUCUAUGCCCAUUCGUUCAUAUUAAUCAAACAUCAGCUCAUAUCAAUAAUUUUCUAAAAACCUGAGAAAAAUGAAGCUUGAUUUUUUAGGAAAUACACGAAACAAAGUUCAUUUGUAUUAAAAACAGGUUGAUGAGGAGAUUUUGUGCUGUUGAUUUGUUUUGCAACAAACACCACAUAACUGUUACAAAUGUGUUGGCAUUUAUUGUGAAAGUGUUUACAUUAACUAACAAGGUGCAUCAUUAAUUUCUCAUGUCAGAACUGAGU